AUGGAUCAAGAGUUUAAUGCUCUUAUACAUAACGACACUUGGAAGCUUGUACCGGCUGAACCACACAUGAAUGUGGUAGGUUGCAAAUGGGUGUUCCGCACCAAGCGGAAUGCUAAUGGCUCGGUUGAGCGCUACAAGGCACGACUUGUGGCUAAGGGGUUUAACCAAGUAGCCGGUUUUUUAUCCUCCAAAACAGACGUAUCCCUGUUUCACUACUCUACUGGUACAUCGCGCGUGUAUUUGUUUGUUUAUGUCGAUGAAAUAAUCAUGAUGGGGAACGACUCUGUGCUUAUCUCCCAAUUACUGCAGCGUCUGUCCGCUACUUUCAAAAUCCGUGAUCUUGGAGCGCCUAGUUUCUUUCUAGGGAUCGAGACCUUGAAAGAUAAGUCAGGGCUUCUUCUAUCUCAGGAAUGCUAUAUGAAAGACAUUCUCAACCGUGCCGGUAUGACGGAUUGCAAGCCUCUGGCAACUCCCGCUACUGUUACUCAGCCAGUGACUCCGUCGGAUGAACCGUUUGACAACCCGACGCAGUAUCGGCGUCUAGUCGGGGCGCUUCAGUACCUAACUAUCACGCGCCCUGAUCUAUCCUUUUCUGUCAAUAGACUGUGUCAGUUUAUGCAUUCGCCAACCAGUGAUCAUUGGGGUUUGUUGAAGCAUGUGCUACGGUACAUCAAAGGCACCAUCUCGUACGGUUUGCGUCUCUCCGCUUCUGCUUCGUCCACUAUUCACGGAUUCUCGGACUCAGACUGGGCUGGUUGUCCGAUCGACAAGAAGAGUACUAGCGGGUAUGCUGUGUUCCUGGGUGACAAUCUCAUCUCUUGGCUAUCUCGGAAACAGCGCACGGUUGCCCGGUCCUCGACUGAAGCUGAGUAUAAGGCCCUCGCCGAUGUGUCAGCUGAGGUCACCUGGAUUGUGUCUCUUCUUCGUGAGCUUGGGCUUCACACGGGUGAGCCAUCCACAAUCUGGUGCGAUAACCUGGGUGCUACCUAUCUUUGUGCCAACCCAGUGUUUCAUGCUAGGACCAAACAUGUGGAGAUUGACUUUCACUUUGUUCGAGACAUGGUGGCUUCGGGUGACUUGAUUGUUAAUUUUGUUUCGACGAAGGAUCAGCUUGCGGACAUAUUUACUAAGCCAUUACCAGGGCCCCGCUUUGCAGCUCUACGUGACAAGCUCAACAUUGUUGCCCACCACUCUUGA